UGUGCAUUUUGUGAAGGUAAGAAUCCAGAGCGGGGUAGUUUGGGAGAGUUGGGCAGAGCUGGGGCAAGGCUGGGAUGGAAGCUUCCCCCCCCCCCCCUUGCAUGGAAGAAACAGAGAGGAGAGGGAAAGGGUGCUGAGUCCAGCCUCCUCUACUCAUGCUUCCUUCCUGGACAAAACCUCCCAAAGAUGUUUGAUUUAAUGUACAGUAAAAGCAAACUGAUUAAUCCAGAUGCAAGCGACCAAGUCGUCGUGACACCCUGCAGAGACUUCCAGAACACAGUGUGCGGCUGUAAGUCGGGCUACUUUGAGGAGUCGAAGUAUCCUGGGCACCUGGAUUGCCAGAAAUGCACAGACUGCUUGUCUAUGAAUCGGCAAACACAGCAGAACUGUGAGUAUCCCAAAGCGCUCAAUAUCUGCCUUUGGAUCACUGUUUCCCAAACAAGAGAUAAAUUAGGUACAUAAUUGAACAAGAGAUAAAUUAAGUUUUUCUUUUCUGGCAACCCCCACCCCCCUUCUUGAUAAUUUUUAUAGCAUCAACCAAGUUACCAAAAGGAAAUAGAAAUGAAUGAAAUUAAAACUCAGUGUGUGUGUGUGUGUGUGUGUGCGCGUGUGUAGGCAAGUUGUCACAAUUGCCAACUAAGAGUACAGCUACGUGAUGCCUGCAUUGCAGAAGUUUGGAUUAAAUGGCCCUUAGGGUCCCUUCCAACUCUACAGUUUUAUUAUUCUUUUUUUUUUAAAAAAAUAGCAAUUUCAACAUAACAAAAUAUCAAAACAUAUCAUAUUCAUUAUUUUUCCCCCUUCCCCCCACCUCCCCAUUGAACCUCUCCCCUCCCCCCGAGACUUCCCUCAGCUCCUCUCUGAUUUCUCAACACAUAUUAUUCUCUGCAUAUUGUAAAAUUGUAUACCGGUAAAUCCUUAUAUUAUCAGUCUAUUAUGUUAACAGUCAAUAAAUUUGUGUAUGUUUAUUCAAAACCUGCCAAGGAGUCCAAUUCUUUUUGUUGUCUUUUAAAGUAAUUUGUAUACAAUUCUAUGAUUCUAUGCAGGAUUUUGUCAGGGCUUUGUCGAGAAAUUUAGGAGAAAUGUGUGUUAAAUGCUGAAGAAUUAAAAAUAAAGAAAGAAAGAAAGAAAGAAAGAAAGAAAGAAAGAAAGAAAGAAUGGCAAGCCGAUGCAGAAAUGUGACGAACUCAACAUAAGAUUGGAGAAACGGGAAACCAAAUGAAUCCAAAACUCAUGGCCUUGUCCAACCCUCCGAGAGAGAGGAGACUAGUAGAGCUGCAGUCAAAUGGCUGGCUGUAUUGAAAUCCUAAACUGGUCCCGAAACCGAUUACCAUGGGGCUUCUCUUUCCUCGCAGGCUCCCGAAAGGCGAACACAGAGUGUGGAGACUGCCUGCCUGGCUUCUGCCUAUCUGGAGAAAGCUGCCAGCCAUGCCCAACGUGAGAUGCCCUUGGUUGUUCUUGACAUCCUUCCUCCAUGGGGAAUUCUGAGGGAGGGGAGGAUACUAGAAGUGAGGCCUGGUUUUCCCUUUGGCUAAAGGUCUCCCAAGAGGGCUGCCACAUUCUCAGCCAUAUUUUAUUUAAAGAACCACACCAAAAUAGGGCAGGGGAUACUCUCUCUAUUGUUCCUUGCUUAUCAGCCUCAGUUUCCUGGUUCCCUUGCUAAAAAUUUGUGAGCGUGGGAUUUGCUAGCCGUGUUCAGCACCUUCCCCUGAGGAUCUCUGAAAGUUAAAUAUUUGAGCACAGAACAGACCCAUUCUGGACUCUUCCAGAUAACUUUUUAUUGAGCUUUCAUCCUGAUAUGUUUUCCCAUAUACAAAAUGGGCUGCUUAUUGAGUAUUCACUCUGAUUUGUUUGCCUUGCACCAAUGGAUUGUGACCCUGCACUUUCCAUUCCAUUUCCCACCACUUUCCUUACUGCAAAAAGUCCAGGGUUGGUUUUUUGGGUUGGUUUUUUUAAAAGCAGGUUUGUUGCAGCAAGUCAAUUUCAGCUGCACAACCUGAAUUUGAUGUUCCAUGACUGAAUCCGACUUGCAAACAGCCGUCUGGAAGCAGCCCUGGUCUGCCAUGCAAAUUCAUCACUGGCACCUGCCAGUCGACGCUACCCAUUUAGGACUGUUUGAUCACUGGUUCAUUCUCUUUUUCAAGUAUAUUCCUUUGGAGAAUCAGCCCUGGACUUUAAAUUGUUGGCAGUCAGCUGGGUUGGGAAAUAAACCAACAUGGCGGGCAGCAAAUGUAAUGUCAAUGGUGAUGUGGACAGUAAGAAUUCAAUGAGAAUUGCAAUGUUCCAAGCUCAUCCCUGUCUUCGUCAUUUUAGUCAGUGGGUGCCAGUAAGCUCCACGUAAAAUCAUUUGUAAAUUUCUUUGAUUUUUAUGUAUAUAUUUAUUUAUUUUGCAAAAAGCAACCAAUAAUUUUUAUCAAAAUCAUCAUCACCAUUAGUAGCAUAUCCCCCAUAGAGAUUCAGGUAGGUAGCCGUGUUGGUCUGACACAGUCUAAAUAAAUAAAUUAAAAAAUUGUCCAGCAGCACCUUGGAGACCAGCUAAGUUUGUUCUGGGUAUAAGCUUUCAUGAUACACUUCAGUUACACUGAAACAGAAGUAUCUGAAGAAGUGUGCAUGCACACGAAAGCUUAUACCCAGAACAUACCCAUAGAGAUGCUGUGGAUGAGUCUCUCUUAAAUUCUCAAGUGCCCUUAUGUUCUCUUUGACAUACAACACAAAGCAACCCUCAACACAUCAUUUCCCUGUCCUUUGUAAUGCUUGUACCCAGGCAUAGCCUACAAAUUCUCUCCAUUCCUGCAGUUUCUUAUUAUGCUUACUGUCUCUGUGUUCUUAGUUCAGCUCCAAGCCCUCUCCAGCUCCCUCCUAUCACCUCGGAAGCCUCCGCCAUUAACAUAUAAGUCCCUCUCCAAAUGUCUCUGGUGUCCCCAUUGCCACCACCAUGGCCUUGGGCCUCUUUGUGGGCUCAUGGCUGAGUUCUGCUCUACCCAGUUUUGGUGACCUUGAAUGCUGAGGCCAGCCUUCCUCAACGUGGUGCCCUCCAGAUGGUUUUGUAUUGCAGUGCCCUUCCUCCCUUACCGCUCUUUUGUCAUGUUGGCCAGACUGGUGGGAAUUGGAGAAAGCCAUGUUGGGGAAACCUGGUUAGCAUCCUUAUCCCAUAGGGAUGUGUUACCUCAAGCUAGACAUUCUCCACCUUUUGUCCACCCCCAACAGACCCCUUUCUUUCAGUCCCCUGCAUUGCCACCCUUCUGUUUGGGGGCUUAAGCCCCACUGAUCUGUAAUCUACAAGUGGAGCCUGUCCCUUUCUGUCUAUGAUCUGCUUGUCUCAAAACACACCCUGCUCCUGCACGCUGCCUACCAAAUCAAACUCUAUUCUGCUCACACCCACCAUCUCUCACGCAGACAUCGGAAGCUCUCCAUCCCACCUCUUGCUUAGUUGACCUCAGGAAGCAUUUCUGUAAGGACUGCCUUUAGAUUUCAACAGACUACCUAGAAACUUAUUUUAUCUUUCCCCCCCAGAGCAAGAAUGCAGUCUAACUCUGAUGCCUCACGACUUCCGGUACCCACCACCCCAAGCAGGCAAGUCCCCACGCGAUCACCUGCCCCUCACAAAGUGAUCUCUCCCUGAAUCACUUUGUCAUCACCCAAUAAACAGGUCGCUGUGAUGAAAGCAGGGGUGGUCAAAAGAAGCCUCUUCCCACCCCUUCCCUUUCCAACUGUAACACAACAGCCCUGCAGUGCGGCCUGGGAGAAUUGUCUGGGAGAAUGGGCUGCCUUUGUGACCUAUAUUUACCUAAAGGACUUAACUCUUUUUGACUUCCAGCAAGAGUCCCAGAACUGAAAUCUGCGGCAAGGACUGUAAAUUUGGUAGGUCAUGGCAAUCCCAGGAUAUGUCACUCCUGGUGUUAUGAGCUCAGUUUAGUGUUUAUUGGAGGGGUGUGGGUAACCUCAGGGUCAGGGGCCAAAUGCAGCACUCUGCCUGGCCCUUGGGAGUUUCCCCUGGUCAUGCCUCACAGUAGCCUGAACUUUGCACCUUCCUGGAGUACUUUGGCUUGACUGCAAUGUGUCUAUGGCCUGUGAUUGCACCUUCUGCUUGCCUGGAUGAUGGAGAAAGGGGUGUUUAUGUGCAUGGAAACCUGUUUCUUGUGCGACUGAAACAUAGCCUAUGAUAGGGCUGUCAUAUUUCAAGAAGUGAAAAUAUGGACGCAAACAAAUUGUUGACUUUAAAAAAAAAUCCCCUCCAAAAUGCAAUUUUUUGGUUAUGUUGCCGAAAAUCCAGAACAAACUGCCGCUUUUCGGACAUUCCCCCCAGAUAUCACUUCUGCCACUGAGAUCCCAAUUAAUGUCUGGGAAAAUCUGGACGUAUGGCAACCGUAGGCUCUAAGAUAGUAAAGUAAGAGUCACAUUACUUGCCCCAGGUUCAGUCCUCAAUGGCAUCUUCAGGUGAAGCUUUACAACUGGGUUGGACAAAUUUGUGAAGGAGAAGUUAAAUGUGUGUUACAUUAGGGUUGCCAUCCAUCUGGGUUCAGCCAUACAUUGCCAGGAUUCGGCCGUCGGAAACAGUGUCUGGGGGGAAAUCGCUUAAAUGUCCAGGAAAAUCUGGACGUAUGGCAACCCAUGUCAGAAAUGUAGAUUUUGGCAAAUUCCCUUAAAAAUAGCUCAAAAACAACUUCUUCUUCUUCUUCUUCUUCUUCUUCUUCUUCUUCUUCUUCUUCUUCUUCUUCUCUCAACAGCUGUUGCGUCCAGAUUUUCACUUUUUGAAAUGGUUAAAUGGGACCUCCAUGCCACUUUUGUUCAGGUUGAGCCAGUACAGUACAGAGGUUAGGGUGUUCAGCUAAGACCUGGGAGAGUCUAGGGUUCAAAUCCCCACUCAGCCUUGAAGCUCACUGGGUGACUUUGGGUCAGUCACUGUCUCUCAGUCUAACCAACCUCGCAGGGUUGUUGUAUGUGUGAGGGGGGCGGAAGGUGAGGCAGAAUCAUGUAUGCCACCUUGAGCUUGAAUAACAGUGAGACUGGAGAAGCCAGUAUAAGUUGCAAUUUCAGUUGCAUUUGGGGAAACCGCUUGAGGCAUCCAUUGUGUUGAGCUCCUUCAACUGCUUCUGUUUGAUUUGCUCAUUGCGGACAGCUGGAAGUUUGUAAAUUUGUGAUAAUAUACCUGAUUUUCAAUGGGGGGAGGGUUUCAAUAAUUUCGAUUGCAACUGUAUGUGCCCAUGCACUGCGGUAGUACAAUGUCUGGGGAGCUUGGCCAAGGCUAGGUGUUUGAUUCCUCACUUUUUGGUCUCUUCCUGCGUGUCUUCUAAGCUAUAGGUGUCUGUGGAUGCUUGAUGCUUCUGGCAGCAGCCUUCAUUGUGUACUGUAUAAGGAGAUUUGCCCCCCGUGCUGAGAAGAGCUACUCCACAUCUCCAUGCAUCCAGACUGGCCAGCCUACCAAACACCUUUGCAAUGGUAAUCCUAAGGUGGAAACAGGACCGGUCCUGCCAUUUGGGUAGAGUGUUUAGGGGCUGUAGCUGCAGACCCCCCUCCAGUCCAUUCACCUCUGUUGGGGAUGGGAGCUGUGUGCCCCACAAGCCAACCAUUUGCCCUCUCAGCUGGUUCACUGAAGUUCAGUAGCCCCAGGCUGUUGCUGAAGUAAGAUUCAAUCAGUCAGCCUGAACAGCUUCUACACAUGGAACAGGGCAGGAUGGGAUCCUAUCCUCUGCCUCAGGCAGAAAAAUGUCUUGGGCUGGCUCUGAGUAGGAAAGUCCUCUCACGGGGUGGUCACAUCCACCACACAUGUAAAGUGCUUCAGACCGAUUACAAUAUAUAGAUCAAUCCGUAUAAGUCCAGCUGUUGCAAUUAUACCCGUUUUGCAGAUAAAGAACUGAGGCUGAAAUAAUAACAGCUCGCCUAAGCUGGCAAGGGAGUUAAUGAAAAGAGUUCAAUGCAGAGAGGAACUACAGUUCCCAGGAUUCUUCCCCCCCCUCUCUCCAGUCAUUUACCGUAUUUUUCUGUGUAUAACACACCUCCUAUUUUGGGGGGCUAAAAAUUAAGAAAAUGGGGGGAGAUUGCCCCCAUGUAUAAGACUACCCCCCCUUUAAACAUUGUUUUUAAGUAAAAAAAACCUAGUCUUAUACACAGAAAAGUAUGGUAUAUUAAAUCUCCAAAAAUAUUCCAGAACAUUAUGAUUAUUAUUAUUUUUUUAAAAAUGUAUAAAGUUUCUUGACUUCCUACCCCUAUCCUGUUGUUCAUUUUUUUUACUCCAUUUUAUUAGCUGUUUUACAACACAUGCGUUUUUACUAGCUAAACUCCAGUAUCAUCAAUCCACCGCUUAUAUUUCAAAUGCUGCCAUCCUCCCAUCCUCCUUGGACACUUCAUCAUUAUGGCCUCUUAAUCUGGCAGUUAAUUUUGCCAUUUCAGCCCAGUCCAUCAUUUUCAUAAGCCAUUCUUCCUUCCUUGGUAAUCCUUCCUCUUUCCACCUCUGUGCAUAUAAAGUUCUAGCUCCUAUUACACUUCCCAUAAUUCUUUUGAGGGAUGCCAUGACAAUCUCAAAUGCUUUAAAUGUUCAGUGUGGAUGGGCCCUUUUCCUAGCAACCUAACCACUAAAGGUGUAGCAAAUAUCAUGUCCAGCUCAUGCAGAAGCUCUCCAAGAAUUUCGACGUGCCCAUUGCUCUCGGAGACCAGUGUCUAUGCCCCUUGAGAUCUCCUGCUGCAGCUGGAAGAUGCCCCCAGAGCCUUGCGGUUGGUAAAGCCAAGUCUUUGUUUUUGCAGGCACGGUGCCGAUGCCCCUCCUAUUUCUCCAUUCAGAGCCUCCCGCCGCAUCCCUCACCGAGAAAGAGAAACUGGUGAACGGAGCACCCCCGAUCUGUGGUUUGCUGCAAGGCAGAAACAUGUACGCCGUGAUUGACGCUGUGCCAGUCCGGCGCUGGAAAGAGUUUGUGCGGGGUCUGGGCCUGCGCGACAGGGAGAUUGAGCUGGUGGAGCUGGAGCACUCGCAAUUCCGCGAGCAGCAGUAUGAGAUGCUCAAGUGCUGGUGCCAGCAGCAGCAGGGGCCCUCGACAGAUGCCAUCUUCACCGUCCUGGAGAGCAUGCAGCUGGGCGGCUGCGCCCAGGAACUGAGACAGCAGCUGCACACCAACAGCUAGCAGGGGAGCCCCUGAGAUGAGGUGGGGGCAAAGAUCUGAGCUAUGCCGUUCCCCACCCCAUCUCAGACAGACUUGCGCUGGGGCAAAGGAAACAGAGAGCUCCAACCUCAUGGAAGGAGCACUGCAGGUAUAGAACUUUGCAGUGACAUUGAAAUCCUACUCCAGGUAUUCUGGAACAUGUGUAGUGCCUAAGACACUGAGCUGCAACCCAAGGAUGAUGCAGUUCCAAUGGAUAUCCUAGGUGGCCUCUGAGAUAGGGAGAUAAUACUUCAUCCCCCUUACAUGCCGGUAGAUGUAAAGUUUGCUGAGAUUAUGUACGUGAAAUGCUUUGCACAGACUAAAAUGCUCUAAGGUACUAUUAGUGAUUCAGCAGGACACCUUGCUACAAAUUAUGGCCAAGACUUAUGCCUCAGAGCUUGGCUGCCCACAGGAAGGAUGAGACAACCAGAAUACUUCUCUCCCACAGCCCCUUGCCCACCCGCCACUCACCUCUCAGCCCUUCUGCAAGUUUCCUCUCAGUCAAACCACCCUUCCGAUUUCUUCAGUGUCCAGCAGGGUUGAGCAUUCCAUGACUGAGCCUCCCCACUCAGGAGUUGGAAUGUUCAGGAACAUUUUGUGACCUCACAGGAGGUCACCCAAUGGCUGGCAAGAGUGCCAGGAGCCUGUUUUGAAAAAUGUAUUUAUGUGUUUUCACUAUGUCAAUUCUAACGCACUUUAACAACCAGGGGCUCGUGAUUCUGAACCUGAUUGAGCCCUGGAAAGAUACACGUGAUGGUCCCAGGAGCUCCUAGUUUUCCCACACCAGGAAGUCUGCAAUUUGAUUGGCUUUCACUGUUUUUUAAUUUGUUAAGUGGCCAAACACAGGGCAAUCUCCAGGCGUCUUGCAAUCUAUUUUAAUCAUGUACCAAAUCCUAUCAAAUGCCCGAGUGAAGAUGAGGGCUUAAUCAGGUUCUAAGAAAAUGUCAGUGUCGGCACCAGGCAGGGCUCACUUGGGAAAGAAUUCUGCAGGUGGGGGGGACACCACAGAAAAGGCCCUGUUCCUCACUGCCAUGCCUUAAAACUCUCUCUGAGCCAGCCCACAGAAAAGGACCUCAGGUGAUGUUUAUAAGGGUUGUCAAGAGAAGUGGUGGUCUACCUGCAGACUAAAUAAUGUGUCUGUAGGCCAGAGGGAGCUCAGCAUAAGAACUUUAGUACAGCCUUCAGGGUGAGGCCAAUGGCCCAUCUAGUCCAGCAACUUGUACACACCAGAUGCCCUGGUGGUAAACCCUCAAGCACAUAUUUUGCAUGGGGGGGACCCCCUCAGGUGCCAUUCCUGCCAUCUCUAGGGGUUUUUGGGAAGACCCUUGCUGGAGACACUCCUGCCCGUCAGCUAGGCGGACCCAAAGGUUUGGCUUCCUGUGUUUUUAUGCAUAGAAAGAAGAGAAUAGACAGCUAGCUGUUGGGGACCCUCCAGCUUUCAAAUUUCCGGUCUCGAGCAGCGAAUUGGGAUUCGAGGGCCGUCAUCCAAAUCCGGGAUGCUGCAGGAUUGCUAUUUAUGAAACAUCCAGUUCUCUGCCAUUUUUCUGGUGCUACAUUUCCAAGGCCAUUUUCAGAAUUCCCUGCUGGUUGCAGCAACGGGGCACUCAAGCUGAGUUGUGAAUAUUGUCAUUCAAAUUUGAACUAGAGACUACCAGCUCUCGCGCUCUCUGCCAUGGCCACUCCUUCAAAGCAAACACUGGAGUUGGGUGCUGGUUGAAUGCUAAACUUCCUGGGCUUAGAGUUUUGUUUUGAACAAUUGAGCGGUAUAUACAUUUUGUUAAAUAAUAAAAAAAUGCUCCACACCUCCGCCUACGACUCCCUUCCAUUCCCCCUCUGUUCAAAAACCCUUUCCACCAUGGCAUCGUUAUUUCAGUUUCAGG